UGAGCUGCCCUCCCUCCGGACUCUCCUGGUCCACAGUAACCAGCUGAGCCUCCUCUCUGGAGACCUCCUCUCCUCCCUCCCUUCCCUGGAGGAGGUGUCUCUCCACUCCAACCCUCUGCGAUGUGACUGUCUCACCUCCUGGGGGCCUCACCUCGGCAAUCAGUCUCACCUCAAGAUGCUGGAGUCCUCCAUCACCCUCUGCUCCUCCCCACCUCACCUGAUUGGUCAGGAGCUGCAGGAGGUGGUGGGCUUCGGAUGGGGCGGGGCUGAAGGGGGUGGGGGCGGGGCCAACAGCUGCCUGCCCCACAUCUCCCCCCACGCCUUCCCACCCGCCAUGAACGUCAGCGCCGGGCAGCCAAUCACACUGGAGUGCUGGGCGGACGCUGACCCCGCCCCCCAGUUCUACUGGGUGACGCCCACUGGAGAUAAGGUGAGCUCGGAGGCGGUGGCUGCACCAAUUGUAUCGGAGGAGGGGCGUGGCCUGAGCCGCAGGAAGAAGAAGAAGAAGAAGAAGAAGCAUCGCGUGUCAGAGCCCGGAGCGCUAGUGAUUGAACACGCAGAGCCGUCAGACGCAGGUGUGUAUACCUGUGUAGCGUGGAACGCGGAGGGCGCAGACACAAAGAGCGUCUCAGUGUUCGUGGACUCUCAGGGGUCUGUGGACUCGUGGCCCGGCUGGGGGAUCCGGUGGGGGAGCGGUGGGUCCAGCAGAGAGCUGGGUAACUCGUCCAGCGCUGCAGCCUCUCUGGUGGUGCUGGCCAAGGUGGUGCAUGCCCAGUCGGUGGUGUUGGAGUGGAAGCUGUUCCCCAGUGGAAGACCUUCCUCUGGGGGUCAGAACCAGCAGGACACCGCCCCCCUCCGUCUGACCCGCUGGACCAGCGCCACCGUGCACAUCGACAACCCUCAGAUCAGCUACACCGCCAAGGUUCCAGUGGACGUUCAGGAGUAUAAUCUGACUCACCUCCUUCCUGCCACAGAGUACCACGUCUGCCUCACCGUCUACUCCUCUCCUCCUCUCUCCUCCCCUAGUUCCUCCCCUAGCUCCUACUCCCCUCUCUCCUCCUCCCCCGUCCACACUUCCUGUCUGAACAUCACCACCAAGGAGGCGGGAUUCUCGGUGGAGCUGGUGGCGUCGCGGCACAGCAGCAUGGCGCUGGCGGCCGUCAUGGGCUCCAUGUUCGCUCUGAGCAUCAUGGCGCUGCUGGUGGUCUACAUGGGCCGCCGGGUCCAGCAGCACAAGACCUGCGGACACUCGCUGAAGAAGUACAUGCAGCACGCCACCUCCAUCCCACUGAGCGAGCUGUACCCGCCGCUCAUCACGCUGUGGGAGAGUGAGGCCGAGAAGGACAAGGAGGACAAGGAGGAGGAGAGGGAGGUGGGGGGGAGGAGGAGGAGGAGGGAGGAGGAGGAGGAGGAGGAGGAGGAGGAGGAGGAGGAGCAGGCGGGGGGGAGUCAGAUCGACACCACAAAGACUUACAUGUGGUAGCUGGAGGAGGAGGAUCAGCAGGAGUUAGGGUUUAAGGGAGGACGGAGAGAAACCGGAUGGAAGUUAGCAGUCACAUGACCGGGAGAGAAUACCAGAGAUGAGCCUUCAGGCCUCGAGCAGGUCCAUUUAGAGGGCCAUCCUGGUGUUUUUUUUAGAGUCCUUCAGGUUCAUGAUCACUUUUCAAGAUAAUCAAUCACAGUUCACUGUAGUCCAUCAGAGGCCCGAUGGUGCGUUUGAGGUCCGCUCGUUCAUGUUGACCUGAAGUGCUUUGCAGAAAAAUAAGAACGUUUAUUAACCAACAUAAAAGCGUUGGUAUGAAUAUGGAUCUCUUUGAGGUUUCAUGGUGUUUGUGUUUAUUAAAGAGCACGACAGUGUAAAUAUAUCACAGAUUAAAGAUGUAAUAUUUCCCCCCACAAUCUAAUAAUGUAUCUAUAACUAUUUUAUUGUAAUCAAAUAUAAAUAUACAACAUAUAUAUAACAUACUGCUACUCAGUUUAAAGGCUUUUUAUUCAGCUUCCGGCCACUAGAGGCGCUGUGGAGCGGUUUUAUCUCUGAGACCUGAUCCACAACAGAACCACAUGAACCAGGUACUCGGUACCUUUACUGCAGUAAAACUAGUGUAGAAAUACUCUGUUACAAGUAAAAGUCCUGCAUUCAAAAUCUUACUGAAGUAAAAGUACAAAAGUAUUAUUCAAAAUACACCAAAGAACACUUCACAGGGAAAUCUAACUUUAUUUUAUUUUACUUUACAGAAAAUAUUAAAUUGUUUUGAGAUCAAAAAUGCAAAAGAGACAAAUUGUGACUUUUUUUCAAUAUUGUAUUAAUUUCCUGUUUCUUUGUUUUUCUAUUGCUUACUUUAAAUUCACUUUGUACUUUAAAUAUUCAGUGAGUUUUGCAAAUUUACUUUUUAAAUGUAAUAAUUUAAAUUAACUUUAUGGUAUUUUUCUCUGUAAAGCACUUUGUCAAAAAAUAUUAAAAAUUAAAAUACAUUUAAAGAAUAAAAUACUAGAAGUGAAGAAUAAUCUGUGAUUAGAUCAAUAUAUUCAACAUUUCUGUCUAAAUAUCUAUUAUUGGUCUAAAGAGAGUUUAAUGGGCUGAAAUAUAAAAACACCAGAAUGUUUAAGGUUCUGGACAAACAUCUAACACACUCGUCUUUACUCGGAUGUGUUUCAAACUGUGGCUCGCGGCCGGUUUCUGGCCGUCUGAUGAACUUUCUGAUGAACACUGACUGAACACUGACAGUAGCUGCAUCUGAGUAUUGUAUUCUCCCUGAUGAACAUGAACGCAGCACCAACACAUUAUUUCACUUCAAGGUCCCGAAUUCCUGUUCAUCUCUUUCACAUGAUGUUGAAUUCAUUUCAAAUUUGAUGCCAUUUUAAUAUUUUAAACAAACGAGUAAAACCAACAUUUGUUACAUUUGAAUAGACAUAUCUUCUCUUCACAAUAACACGUUUCAUGCAGUGAGCUACAGAUACACAUUGACAUGUUUACAACAUAAAUGACAUGUUUUAUAUAAAAAGAAAUAAAUUAAAUAUAUUCAGUAGAUUCACACCAUGUAAAUAAACACAGUUUGUGACAUCAGAGAAUAUGGACUUUUUAACCAAACAAA